AGUAAAUUUUACUAGCAGUUGCACCACGACGACAAUAUAGACCGACUUUAACACAGUGUGACACAGUCUACUCUGCUACUAAAUUACAUCUAGAUCUGCUACCUUGUGAAUAGAUCUAGCGUUGACCCCAGUGUUCUCGAAAUGGCUGUGGAGCAAGCGUCUAUUCCUCUAAUUGCUGUAACAGCAGCUGUCGGUGCUAUUGUUUUGCUUUUCAUUUUGCUAUGCAAUGUUUUGCGCCGGGAUAAGCAACAGCAGAAAGAAGAAGAUAGCCAAGCAAAUGAUGUUGCUGAGGGCAGCCCAACUGAAAAAACAAAUAACAAAAAGCAACAAAAGUCUGCACCAAAGAAUGUCAAGAAGGUAGCCCAAGCUGCAUUUUCUCAUCCCUGGCUUGCAGGCACAUUGAAGGGACACAGUGGCAGAAUUGUUGGCUUAGACUUCAGUCCAAACGGAAAAUAUCUUAUCUCUACCUCAGAAGACAGGGCCCUGAUGUUGUGGAGUGUGAAAGAGUUUCAACAAAGAGAUCACAAGUACAUUAGAGGCAAUGUAGAUCUGGACUCUGCCACUCAUGUUGCUUUCAGCCCAGACUCGAAGGCGUUUAUCACAAGCUUAGCUAACGAAAAUGCGGUGAGAAUAUUCCGACUUGGCAAAAAAGAUGACGGUUCAAAUAACGUUGCAAUCAGUGCUGCUGUUACUUUUCCAAAGAAACAAGACAGGGACAUUAUUGGCGUAGGAAUUUCUUCCACUGGACGUUUCAUCAUGACCUGCAGUGGGGAUACUACCAUCCUCGUCUGGGAUUUGAAAGGUGAAGUCUUGGCCACCAUUGAUACUCACCAAAUGAACAACUCUUGUGGAAAAGUGUCACCCUGUGGACGAUUUGUUGCGUCUUCAGGAUUUACUCCAGACGUCAAAGUUUGGGAAGUUGUUUUUGACAAGACGGGAAACUUCAAAGAGGUCAAGAGAGCAUUUGAACUGAAAGGUCACACUGCUUCUGUCUACAGUUUUGAUUUUAACAACGAUUCAAGAAGGAUGGUCUCAGUUUCCAAAGACAAUACCUGGAAAUACUGGAACACUGAUGUCCAGUACAGCAUGGGUCAGGAUCCGAAGCUGUUGUUCACAGGCACCCUGUCCUUCCCCUGCAAGUCUAUAGCCCUGUCUCCUGAUGGCCGGACGGCGGCCAUGGCUUCUGAGAACAGUAUCGCUUUCUGGGACGCUGUGUCAGGGAAAGAGGAGGAGGUCAUAGAGAAUGUUCACUCAGAACCAAUGCUGGGACUGAGCUUCGACGUGAGUGGACGCUAUCUGGUCUCAGCGGGAGGUAAACAUAUCCAGAUCCUUCACAACGUGACGGGUUACCACGCGACAAUCGCAGAGUUGGAAGAGAAACUCCGCACGGCCACGGGGCCCGGAAUGAAGGAACGUAUUCAGCAACAGCUUACAGACGCCAGGGCAGCCAUCGACAGCAUUUUGACCCCAUCCAAUGGUCACACCGGAGGCAAAUAGGCUAUUGUUGCUCAUGGUGUGGUGGUCAGUGAAUGCUGGAUCAGUGAUGUAUGGUUUGGAAGUUGCUGUUGCCAUGGAGACCUGUGGUUACAGUUUUGUUGUUGCUGCUGUGUUCAAUGACAAAGCAUUCAUUUUGACGUGACAACUUUGCUUCAUCUGGUUGGAACAAGGAAAGAGAACUUGUGAAGACUGUACAGUAGUACAGGGGGGAAAAUGGUCAAGCCACUUUUUGAUAACUUUUCAGAAGUCUCCAUUUUUUAAAGUUUAGAACCUUAUAUAGUGGAGUCUGCUUUGACCAUAUGUGGUACUGACUCAUGUUUUAAUGAUUGGAGUUUCGGGAUUCCAAAGUGAUUUAUGCCAAAGCCAAAAAAAAUUGGAGUCAGUACAAGAUGUCACACAGCUCACAAUAUGCACCCUGUGUGUCAUGAAGCCUCCAUAGGGUUCAAUAACUCAAAGUAAUAAAAACUGACUCAGCCGGCUUGUUUUCCCCUGUAGCCUCUGGGUGCUUUUUACUACUAGUGCCUGUCAUAUCGCGACUAGUGCUAUCAUUUAUGCGUUUUAAAGUGGAAACUUUGAAUUUGAAUGUUGUGCAUAAAUGUGCGUUGCCUUUUGUGUGUGUGUAUGCUGAGAAAUUUUAUCAAAGUUUCAAGUGUGUUUUGAAGGUAUCUGGAAAUUGCUGUUUUCUUAUGUUUGUUCAUUUUUUUUCGUUUACAAGGAAUCGGAGGAUGCUCAAAAUAAGGAUGAAGGGUGGAAGAAAGAUUACCUACUGUAGUUAUUAUGGUGGCAUUCUUAGCGGUUCAUUUUAUGAAUGCUUGUGAUGAUGAAAAUUUUAUCUGUGUCCGAGGAUUUCUUUAUGAGGGGUGGUUAAUGGGUGCUCUUGUGUGGUCUGCUCCAUCUACUUCUUUCCAGUGACCCGUGCUGACCUUGUUCUGGUAAUUUAUUUUGGUUUGGAUGACCUCCCUCGACCCAGUGCCUCUGCCAUUAACACUAAUCAUAGUAAAUUAAAAUGCAAAUUCACUGUUCUAAUGUUUUUUGCAGUUUUGCCCAACACUCAAGUCUAGUCUACUUACUGGCAAAACAGGUGGUUGGAGGGUAUCACAGGCUGGUCAUACUUGUGUCUGUUCUAUCUGGUUUUUCUGUCUGUUUGUAUUACUUUUUCCCUGUUUAAAUGGCUGUAGUUUGUAAUUGUGUCAACGUGCUUCUCUUUAUACAAUAUUAAAGCAAGGAGGAGUAAAGGAUACUAAUUGUGUUGGCAGAGCUGAUAGAAAGAGGUACACAGCCAGUUCCUUCAAGUGUUGUUGGUUGGGGGUUUUUUCCUUGCGAUCAAAUUUUGACACUAGAGAAUAUCCACAGAAUACGUAUGCAGUACGGAAAAAUUCCAGGGAUAAGGAGCGCUUUUGAACUUUCCAUGGAUGAAAAGAAAAUGAUUUACUACGCAAUAAAUAGUAAUCAUAAUGGCAGAGAUUGUUUGCUUUUUGUUAUUUUGUUUUUUUAGCUUAAAUUUUAGAAUUUCCAUUUAUCAGUCUUUGGUGAUAGUCUAGUGUUAUUUGUUGUUUUUCACUUUAGCGGGUCAGGGAUAUGUUCGAGAUGUGUAGGCUUUAUCAGCAUGAAAGGAACUCGGUGUUGGUGGUUUGAGGGGGCCACUAGUAGAUCCAGUUUCUUUCUUUUUCCCCUGUUGUUUUUGUCUAAUUAUCUCACCUUUUCACUUCUCUUUAUCACCUUUUUUUUCUAAAUUACUAUCAGUUUUGAACUAUCUUUUAAUAAAAGAAUGCCUGUGGCUUAAAGUUAAAGUUUAAAAUUAUAUUGUUGUGAAAUGACGGCAUUUAUGAAUUUUGUGUUCCGGUUUAGUUGAAGGUCUACCACUUUAAGGUGGUCUACUUUAAGUACCGCAUGAUCUACCACGGGCAUUUCUCAAUCGCGAUGUUUGGGUGGGUGCAUUGCUUCAUAUUGCUGUGUCGUUUACAACGAAGAAUUUUUAGGUGGUAAAGAUUAUGAUUAACAAGUAAUUUGUGACAGCAAGUGACCAGACAGGACUAUUUUUCAAGAAAUCCGGGGGAGGGGGGGCAGCCCCUCUGAACCCCCUCCUCCAACACAUAACCCCUCUUCCCCAAGAAACCACGAUCAACAGUACAUUUUUAAUAUGGUCAAUGACAGUCCUAAGCCUGCAUAAACUCGAAGAGAAAAACGUAAACUGAUCCUUGUCACAAGUCCGAAAACUGUAUAAACUGGCAGACCUUCAACUAAACCAGUUGUCAGAACAGUCCAGAUGUAGACCGUCAAUUAAAUCAGAAACUUCACGAUAGACCUUCAACCAAACUAAAAACAUCACAGUAGACCUUCAACUAGACCAGAAACAUCACAGUAGACCUUCAACUAAACCGGAACCUAUAAUUAUUGCAUGCACGCUGUGUUUACUCGUUGGUGCGAUGAGUUGUCUGUACACCAGUGGUUCCACAGUGUCUUGACAGAUGGGAAACUGGACGUCUUUCUUGUGUCAUUUGUUCAUGAUAUUACUGUUAAUGUUAAUGUCAUGUGACAUAAUAAAUAAUGAAAUUGAA